AUGAUGCCGGGGUGGAACGCGAACGAGAAGCCUAGCCAGCAAUGCCUGGAGAGGGUGAAGCGUGACCUUGCCGACUUCCACGCCGACCCGCCGCCGGGAGUGUUCAUGGCGCCCGACGAGAAGGACAUAACCACGAUUCACGCCGUCGUUGUGGGCGCCGCAGGUACGUCGUACGAAGGCGGCUUCUUCCACCUGCUCAUCAAGUGCACCAAGGAGUACCCGAUGUCGCCGCCUAAGGUGCGCUUCAUGACCACCGACGGAGGUCGCGUGCAGUUCAACCCGCACAUCUGGCCUAACGGCCACAUCUGUCUCAGCUUGCUGGGCACCAUGGUCGGGCAGCCUUGGACACCCGCGCACAGCCUGUCCUCGUUGGCCGUGUCCAUCCAGUCGAUGCUGGACGACAGCGUCGGAAACGUGGACGGCGCCCUCGACGCUCUCGAGCACAUCAUGUCAGGCUUCUGGAAUCCGGGCGCCGCGAAGGCCAUGCGCUACGAGACUCUCCGGGUGGCCGUCUGUAAUACGAUCGAGUCCUGCCUCGCGGACAACUGCCCGUUCCCGUCAUCUCUGCGGGACCAGUUGCUCGCCAGCUUCACGGACAACUACGGGAAGUACGAAGAGGCGGCCAAGGCGGAGCUAGCCAAAAACCAGGGUGGUGUUCUUUCCUGGAUUGGCUUCGAAAACAAGUACGAGACGCUGCUGGCGAGGCUGCAGAAUCUCAGAAAAAAGGUCGAAGCGCACAGCAGUGCCGACACGACCGCAGUACCCGACGCGCGAGAGAAUCUCUAG